CAUGGCAGGAAACAGGCGGCGGGCGGGAGAUAGCAUAUAAAGAGACUGGCAGUCUUGGAAGCUGGCAGCAGCAGCAGUGAGGAGAGGCUUGCAGCAAGUGGUCCAGACCUCCACUACCCGGGACAGCCAGCUUCUGGUGGCCAGUGACCAGUCCUUGCCCCAGGAUGGGGACCAUAUCCAGAGCAGCCUUGCUGUUGGCCUGCUUGGCCCUUGUUUCUGCCUCUGAGGGAGCCUUCAAGGCCUCCGAGCAGAGGGAGAUGACGCCGGAGAACCUUUUCUUGCACCUUCAUGAAGGGCCCCUAGUGGGCUAUGGCGCACCCCCUUCCCCACCACAAACCCGGAGACUCCGAAUGGACCACAUUGAAACUUCUCUGCAUGAACCUCUCUUUGAGGAACAAAGGGAAGUGCAGCCCCCUUCAUCUCCAGAAGCGAUCCCCGUCCAGGAGGAAGAGUGGCCUGCUUUCCCAAAGUCUGUACAAAGUAAAGAGGCCAUCCCCCUGCAGGAAGAGCAGCCCCCUCCCCAAGGCCCUGUCGAGCAGAAGGAAAUAGACCCAGCUGUCCAGCAUCAGGAGGAGAUAGUCCAGUCCAGUCAGAAAGAGGAGAAGCCAGCCCCCUUGGUGGGCCAGCGCUCCCCACAGCCUCAGUCUCGGAAUCCAGCCCAGCACUGCCAGCAGGGCCGGAGAGGCGGCUGGGGCCACCGGCUGGACGGCUUCCCUCCUGGACGGCCUUCUCCAGACAACCUGAACCAGAUCUGCCUUCCUGAUCGCCAACACGUCGUCUAUGGCCCCUGGAACCUGCCGCAGACCGGCUACUCCCACCUUAGUCGCCAAGGAGAGACCCUCAAUUUGCUGGAGACUGGAUAUUCCCGCUGCUGCCGCUGCCGCAGUCAAACAAACCGCCUAGACUGUUUGAAGCUUGUGUGGGAGGACACAAUGACCCGGUUCUGUGAGGCCGAGUUCUCUGUCAAGACCCGACCCCACCGGUGCUGUAAACAGCGGGGAGAGGGGCGAUUCUCCUGCUUCCAGGAGGAAGCUCCUCGACCAAACUACGAGCUCCAGCCCUGCCCCGUCCACCAGACUGGCCUGUCCUCAGGGCCCCAGCUGCCUUUUCCCCCGGGGUUGCCCACUCCGGACAAUGUCAAAAACAUCUGUCUCCUGAGACGCUUCCGCUCUGUGCCACGCAACCUCCCGGCCCCCGGCGCCAUCCAGAGGCAGCUGCAGGCCCUGACCUGGCUGGAGGUGGAGUUCCAGCUCUGCUGCCGUCCGGGCCACAACCACACCUGCGCACGGAAGGCCUGGGAGGACACCCUGGACCAGUACUGUAACCGGGAGCUGGCUAUAAAGACACACCCCCACUCCUGUUGCCACCACCCUCCCAGCCCUGCCCGAGACGAGUGCUUCGCCCGCCGGGCUCCCUAUCCCAACUAUGACCGGGAUAUCAUGACCCUUGACCUCAGCCGAGUCACCCCCAACCUCAUGGGCCAUCUCUGUGGAAAUGGAAAAGUUCUCUCCAAGCAUAAACAGAUUCCUGGACUGAUCCAGAACAUGACUGCCCGCUGCUGUGACCUGCCCUUUCCAGAACAGGCCUGCUGCGGUGAGGAAGAGAAACUAGCCUUCGUGGAGGAGCUCUGUGGUCCCCGAAGGAACUCCUGGAAGGAUCCUGCCUCCUGCUGUGACCUGGCUCCUGGGGAUGAACAAGCCAACUGCUUCAAUGCCAACUAUCUGAGAAGUAUGGCUUUAGUGGCUGGAGACACUGGGGAUGCCACCAGACAGGAGGAGCAGGGCCCAACUGGAGGACCAAAUGUCAGCUCCGCCCCUGGGUCCAAGGAAGAAAAAUGAGUCACCCUGAGCCUCAGAGGAUUAGAUGGGGGAACCCCACCCUACUCCACCCUCUUGAACACUCAUUACAAUAAAUGCCUCUUCGAUUUGG